AUGGAUCAAUUGGAAAGAUCGUUAAUGUUGCUGGAUGAAUCAAAUGUGAAAUCCAAGAGAGGCUUGCUUCGUUCGAAAGAAGCUGCACGGUCCCUGCUCCAAGGCAAGCCAACCAUAACGGGAUUGGCUGAAUCGUCGGCAGGCGUGAGUCUCGAUAUGGUGCAGGAUGUUAGCGGCUACCGAGUGAUCGAAGAUGCUACUGCGCUUACUACCAGCCGGUUAAGCUUGGCGGCUGGCAGCACAACGAGCAAUGCAAAAGACGUAACUACGCGGCUCUGCGUUCAGUUUUUGGAGGUCCUGCAGCGCCACAGUAACGAGACGGACGUGUUCGAAACGAUCGACGAGCUGGUGGAAACGAUUGAGACAACGUUGACUGAUUUAGAUCUCGCUGCACGGCAGCUGCUUCCGGCGGGUCGCGAACGACGCUUGCAGGCGGAAGAAAUGUGGCUCAACGCAGAGCGUGAAACCUGGAAGCUUAUGAACUGCCUGUACCGCGAUCGGUUUGUCACGCAAAAGAUGGAGAGCGAAAUCGAUGACCUACCGUUGGUGAACAGUGAAAGGACUAUCAUUGACCAUCUGUACACGGCUAACGCAAACCUGCGCGAGUAUCAGCUGAUCGUCGACUGGUUGGAGCAGACGGCUUGGGGAGAGCAAGGGAUGCAGACGGGUCACUAUACGAAUCGGACGGUUGCGUGGGAAAACACACUCCACCAGCUGUUGGAUAUCGGGCAAACUGCAUUCGGCAGCGGCCGGCAGAUCGUGAAAAGUCUCGACCCCGACGCGCCCGUCCGUGAGAAGCGCCCCCUGCACGAUCUGGAUGCGGAAGAUCAGAACCGGCUGGCGAAACAAAUCUUCCUCGACAUACGCCACGGCCGGUUGGAGGAGGCACAAAGCAAAUGCGAGCACUACGGAAUGGCGUGGAAAGCGGCGAUCCUAGAGGGAUGGCGUUUGCACCACGAUCCGAACUAUGGAGCGGAAACGGUAUCGCUAACGCGCAACAUGAUCGACGGCAACCCGCGGCGGGAUUUGUGGAAAAAGUUCGCUUGGAAGAUGGCCGAAAGCCGGUUGCUGGACGCGUACACCAAGGCCGCCGUGGGAUCACUGUGUGGCCAUCUGGAGGCGAUGUUGGAAGUCCUGGCAGAGCACACGUGGACCGACGUGCUCUGGGCCUACCUGAAGGUACAAAUUGACAUACGCGUCGAGAGUGAGAUCCGAUCGCACUGUAUCAAAAGCUAUCUCCCGAUGCCAGAAAGGUACUGGAAUGGUAAGAUGUCGUUGGAGCAGAUCUUCGACGAGCUGGAAGCGCACCGGAACGUGCGCGUUAGCCUGACGGCAAAGGACGUGGACAAAGUGAUCCAGAAGUACAUCAUCCUCGACGAUAUUCCUGAGCUGAUGCGCAUCGUGGAUGGCUGGAUCGAGGGUGCCGCGGAAGUCACGCUUUCCCCACCGAUGCUGCGCUUCCUGAGCCACUUCGUUAUGUUCAUCCGGCAGAUAGGGAAAGCGUUUCAGGAAGAUAUCGGCGAUAGGAUCAUCGGGCGCUACGUGAAGCAUUUGAUUCAGAUCGGGGAUGCGCACAUGCUGGCAUUCUACACUGCGGCGCUUCCUCCCGACAUGCAGUUGUUACUGUACUCGAAGUUCCUCGAAACGCUUAACGAAACACAUGAACGUAAGCGAGCGCUUGAAGAGGCGUACGGAUUCGGGCUUGAUGUUCCCACCGUGACCGUUUACACGGUGGAAAAGUUUCGGGCUCGUGAACCGGACGAAGAUGGAGAUACACCAGCGGCCGGUAACCUGAGUGCGCUGGAUGAGCAGAAGAUUUCGUCGCUCGAAUGGCUUACCUUCUAUCCCGAGCAGCGAGGGGAGCUACUCUGGCAAGCGAAUGCCUUGAUGCGAUACUUUCUCGGAAGGAGAUGCAUCGAAGCAACACGUCGAACGUUUGACGUCGUGCCGGCGGAUACGAUCGAACAGAUUUUCACGCAUUACGGAUCGAAAGACGACAUUCCGUGCAAAGAGGAGGUGAGCAUCCGAGAGUACCUCUGCCACCAAACGUAUCUGUUUGCGAUCAAUGGUUACAACGACUGGUCGCAGCUGUUCUACAACGAGAAGCCCAAGGCGCCGGCCACUGUAAAGAUUACCAACUUUACGGAGCGUGUUACGUCCGAACAUCUGGAGCAAACGUACCGCAACAAGCUUAGCGUGUGGGAGCAUCGCCUGGCCGAGGCAACGAACAGAACCCACGAUCUGCUGUACAACGUGUUGCUGUUUCCCGAGGCCGGCUGGUUGGUCGAUGUGGACACUGCAAAGCCGGCGCCGGAGGACGACGAAGACUGGCAGCACCGGGCGGUGCAGAUGGAUAGCCUCCGCAAGUUGUGCAUACCGGAAGUGGUGCUGCUCCUGCAUCAGCUGCACACGCUUACCGAGCGGCACAGCGAGAACCUGGUGCUGGCGGACGUGCUGAGCUCCGAGUUGCGCAAGCUGUACAGCGUGUUUCCGAAGCACAAGCUGGCCGAAACGCUGGGCAAGCUGGCCGAGUCUUCGCUAACGCUGAUAAAUGCUCGCAAGGAUCCUUUCGUUGGCGAUGCGGCCAAAAAGUGA